CCCCUCUCGACGAACACAUCAGAGCACAACAGACUAUAUUCAUGUUUCAAAGAUUUUUAUCACGAAAAGAAAUCAUGCUUGAUAUAGCUGAGCGCCGUAAGAUCAGUAAUGAUACCAUCGCUCGAUCAGAACAAAUCACAAUAUCGACGCCGGGUGCUUCGUUGGAGAGCUCCUUCAUAACGGCUUCUACCCAUGCUUCUCUCUCACCUCUGGAUCCUGAGUUUCCGAAUCUUCAACUCUUACCGAUAGAGGUACAGGAUGUCGACUCCUUUCUCAGUGCCAGACAGCUCAUCGCCAACGAUACUGGAUUGAAAGACAAGAUCGCAGUACUCAAUCUCGCGAGUGAUGAGGAACCCGGGGGUGGAUGGAGAUAUUCACUGAGUCAAACACAAGAAGAAGCAUUAUGUUAUUCAGCAACUUUGUUCCAAACAUUGAAGGCAGAAUGGUAUCCAUGGCCAAACACAGGACAAGGAAGCAUUGCAGGAAUCUUCUCGCCGAAUGUUGUCGUGUUCAAGGAUACACUGGAUAAUAAUUGUGAGGAGUUGAAGCAAGAGAAAAGGGUUGUGGUUUCUGUACUUACAGUUGCAGCGCCUAGAUGUCCUGAGCUCACUGCUGAUGGAGAAAAUUUCAGGGAAGAGAGGGUACUGCAAGAGUUUAGGGAAAAGGUUAGGUUGGUGUUGAGGUGUGCGGCUAGGGGAGGCAAGACUGGGUUGGUGUUGGGCGCAAUGGGAUGCGGUGCUUAUCGGUGUCCACCGAGACUUAUUGCGAGAGAGAUGAAGAAGGUCUUGGGGGAGGAAGAGUUCAAAGGUUGGUUUGGAAAAGUGGUGUUUGCGGUUUAUGGCAGAGGGCCUGUGGGAAAGAGGAAUUUGGAAGUGUUCAAGGACGUGUUUGGCAACGAGUGAUUGAAUCGGUCAAUAUCUCUCCUUGAGCACGAUAUGUUCUUGUACACCUAUACUGUAUACCUAUACUGUAUUCGCAGAUCCUAAUCACUGUGCUCUGUGGUAGGCGCCGAAGAUGGUGUCCUGGUAUCAUGCAUGUCACCC